UUAUAUAAUUGCGUAAACAUAGAUGUAAUUAACUGUAAGAUGUAGGUGAAAACCGGUAUUACUAGUUAUAAGCCAUUUAUAAAAACGCAUUAUUCUCACUUUAUCACACGAAGUAGCAACUAUAACAUCGUUAAUUGUUAAGGAGAAGUGAUAAAUAUUUGCGAGCUACCGGGCCUUCAUUUUUUUAACAUUAUUGUAUUUUAUUGUUUAUUUUAUUAGCAUUUCUUAUCAUUCCGUUAAUACUUAAUACACUUUUGCAGAUAAGAGAGAAUAAGAUACAGUGGACAUAAGAAAAUGGACCGUUGCAAAUAUUACAUGAAAUACUUCCUGAUCGCUAUAAAUCUCAUCAUCCUCAUUAGCGGAAUUUUCGUAACGGUUGUAACUUUGUGUCUGAUUGAUAAACUAUCAUUGAUACGAUCAGCGGAGAACGUUCAGUUAAACGUCACAAUUAUCGUUCUACUGGUCGUCGGAAUUAUCAUGAUGUCCAUCGCUAUUUUGGGAAUCGUCGCUGCUUUGCAGGAAGCCAAGUAUAUGCUCCAAAUAUAUACCAUACUCGCAUUUCUAGUGUUUCUAAUUGGAAUAUUCAUUAGCAUUUGGAAAUACAAUUCUAACAAAGAACUGAUGAAGAUGUUUGAGAAAAAAGUGGAAAGUUUGAUCCAAUUUUAUAAUAAUGAUACAUUCAUUCACGAUUUCUGGGAUACCGCACAGUCGAAGUAUUGCUGCGGCGUCAACAGCUGGGAGGACUGGGAAACACAUGGUUUUAAAGUACCAGACAGCUGUUGUGAAUCUGAUCAGCGAUUGCAUUGCAAUGCCAACCCGCACACCAAAAAUAUUCCCGCAGUUUAUACGAAGGGUUGCCUGAACAAAAUGCGAAUCCUCAUGCAGUAUUUUACAAGCAUUACGAAUGGUAUUAGUAUUACACUCUCAUGUCUUAUGUUCUUCGGAAUGAUAUCAUCCGGUGAGCUCUACAAAAAGAUCGAACUACAACACAAAUACGAAAUAGAAUCUGAAGAUGUUUUUGAUAAAAAGAACCAAAAAAGUAAUAAAAAAUCUUCAUCAACGAGAUCAAUCUACAUGCGGUUGCAUGAAGCGUCAAUGUAUUCAACAAUCAAACAAAAUGCUGUCAAUCAAUAAAUAAAAUUAAGCUGGACCUGAGCUGGACAUAAAUGUACUAAAAAAUUAGAACUAUCUACUGAGUUAAAAAAGAAGCACAUUAAAAACAGGAUUGACAACUUAUCAUAUAAUCUAUAAAACUUAUGUAAGUGCUUAAAAUUAUAUUAAAAACAGUAUUAUACAUAUUAGAAGAGAUUUUCCUGGGCAAAAUUCUCGGUGGUUUGCCUUUGCCUUCCGAAAGGUAGCGAUCGCUUCUAAAAUUGAUUAAAAAUCGAUUUAGAGUUAUACUAUUCUGAAUUUAAACCCAAAUCUUUGGGACACGGAUACUCCUUUUGCCACAUCGCCACUUUAUAAUUACGUAUAAUUAUUGUAACGUGACGCUUUCUUGAGCGCAGUCACGCAAAGCAAUACGGCCGCGGAAGGUAUCCUGGAUCGCGUCACUCCUCCCAAGAAGGGAGUCGUCUGUUUUAGAGUAAUAUUCCUUGUAAUACUCUCUGGUAAACCACCCGAAAUGGAGAAGACACCGCUACCAAAAGAGCAGAAGGACGCAGACAGACGCUAUCGAAGAUUAGGAG